GCUGCAUGCGCUUGUGGGUUAAGACUUUGUGCAAUAAGGCAGUGUCAUGCAUUCUUCAGAAAAUUAUUACCAUACACAAGCAGAGACGGAGAGGAACGGAGGGAGGAUUAUAAGGGCCACCUCAGCCCGUCUACAUUGCCCACUUCGUUGAGUUUUUAGCGGGGUCUAUAGCGUCGUAUCUGAGACAGUUUUGUCUUUUGCCUCUUCUACUGGUUUACGUUGGUUUUAUAGUUUAUAUGUUUUGAGAUUUUGGGGAUUCCGAAAUACGUACAGCUUAGAAAUGUUCUUAGAUAAUUGUAACCGAGUUGCAACAAGAUGAAGGAAAACAAAAAUUAAGUAUCUAAAAAUUACCGUAAAUCGAAUCUUGCUCCCAGUUAUACUGAAAGUUUCACUUCUUUUUGGAGGAUCGACGGCUGCAAACGUCCUUUAAUGAAAGAGAAUUAAUACACGGUUAGAAACACCGUCAAAAUACCCAACUAAACUUCAAGAUUUCCAAGAUUUUCUUAAUCAACAAAAAUACUCAGUAUGAAGACAACCAAACUGAAAAUAGUGAUUUGUCACGUGUUUGUUGCUGGCUUCCUCACUUGUGUGCUGGGGCAGAUUGGCCAGGAGAGUGUGCCCACGGAGAGGCACGAUGUGACCGCCCCCAUCGGGUCACGCCUCAAGCUUCGGUGCCAAAGCAAGCGGCUGGUGACCGGGCGUGAUCGCCUGGGCGACCAGCAGCGUGUGGUGCACUGGGACCUGUUCCGUGGCGGCCCAGACUACCCCCAGGUAGAGCGGAUCCUGGACAUGUUCCCCAGCGGCGACCGGCGACUCUACAACGAACUAAACAAGGGCCGCGUCAAUAUCUCCAAAACUGCAUUUGUUGAUGGAAACUUCUCCCUCGUCAUCAAAGGGGUCAGUAUGAAUGACAGGGGCAUUUACACAUGUCACCUGCAUCAUCACUACUGCAACCUCAACGAGACCCUCAAAAUGCAGCUCAAUGUUACCAAGUCGGCACGUAAGGAGCGCCGCUUCUGGGAUGGCGAGAAGGUCGUGUUCGUGGUGCUGCUGAACAGCACGGUGACCCUUCCCUGCGUAAACCGGCGCCCCCUGUGGACCAGGAGGCAGCGGGAAUCCGAGCGGCAGGUGGUUCACUGGGACCUGCGGGCCCCUUGGGCCCUUCCCAGCAGCGCCGAGCGGCUCGUCGACCUGUACUCCGCCGGCGAGCCGCUGUGGCAGCAUGGCUCGCUGUUCCAGCCUCACAGGAUGUCGGUCCCCCCCGAGGCCUUCGCCCUGGGUGACUUUUCCCUCACCAUCUCAGAGCUGCAGCCUCCCGACGAGGCCGUCUAUAUCUGCCACAUGAACCACCAGUACUGCGGCCUGCGCAAGAGCAUCAGCUACUACGUCAAAUUGGGACCCUCCCUCCAGCCUGAAGACGUCCCAGAUAAAAGCCCAAGCACCAGUGGUGUAGAUGCGCCCGUGGUGAAUGUCAUCAUAUCCAAGCACGGAAGUUACCUCUACAUCCUGACCAUCCUCCUCAUCGUCAUCGUCAUCGUCGUGAUCUUCAUCGUUUUGCUGACCUGCCAGUUCAGAAAGCGAGGGUUGGAUUAUCACCUACGCAGGACUGAACGGGGCAACACAACCACUGGUGAUGCAGGGAUGGACAGCGUGGAGUUGAAGAUGUGUAACCAGGCACACGACAGGCCAGACUACAAAAACAACAUCUGGAAGGAAAGGGUGGACGUGUCGAAGCUCCCUUCUCCAAAAGUUAUCGACUUGGACACAGAGAUGGAACGAAGGAUGUGGAAUUAACAUGCAUCACUCUAUUGCUGGCGGGCCCAGGAUAGAUGCAGACUGAGCUGUUUUUCAAAAAAUAAGUAAAUAAAUUGACACCAGUGAGAAGACAGAGCUGGAUGAGGCACUGGGAACACAGGACCCGUGUCAAUCUGCUGCUUCCAGUGUUUAAGGCCAUUGGACCAGCUGUUUCCUGUCACUAUUUCACAGACAGGUCUAUUCCGAACUGCUUUUCUUUUGACUCAAUAGUUUUACCGUCGCUACGUAGUUAAAUAUGUUGGUUGUUUGGUAAUGUACGCUUUAGGUCUUUCUAGGAUACUCUUGAGGAAUCUAUGCACAAAUUUAGAGUAAUAGAGGCCAGUUUAUGCAUAUAACAUGCUGGCUUGGAGCUUUUCACUGACUUUUUUACUGGCCAAAUGUAUGUAAAUUAAAUAAAUAUAUUUGCUUAAUAUUCGUGUCUGAGACUUAACACUGUAGUACAGUAUUAAAUCCCACGCUGCCUUUAAAUUAUUCUAUUGCUGUUUUAUAAAAGUGUGCAUGAGUUUUUUUUAACUUCUUGUUUCCCUAUGGAGCUGCACCAAUGGCAGAGACGGCGUAGUUUAAAGUGGACCGUAGCAGGCAUGCAGCUUAACUUCUCGGACUUAAGACAAUUGAAUUGUACUGCACUUGCUUGUAAUCACUCUGUGGAAUAAUCAUUAUAAUUAAAUAAACAGAGAAACUACCACA